CAGAGCCCGGGCCAGAACGCCGCGCUGAGCGGAGAGCGGGUGUCUGCGACGGCAGGCGGCGCUGGUGCUGCCGUUUCCGUGCUGCACGCGGUCCCUUCGAGCGCCGCGCUCCGACAGACGUAGCCGGCCGCGAAAGCGCCCAGACGGCAAGCCUGCGACCCAUGCAGAAGUGAGCGCACGGGUCAGCGAGAUGCUGGCGCUGCUGACCGCCGGCGUGGCGCUCGCCGUGGCCGCCGGACGAGCCCAGGACAGCCCGAUACCUGGCAGUCGCUUCGUGUGCACCGCGUUGCCCCCCGAAGCGGCGCGCGCCGGCUGCCCGCUGCCCGCGAUGCCCAUGCAGGGAGGCGCGCUGAGCCCCGAGGAGGAGCUGCGAGCCGCUGUGCUGCAGCUGCGCGAGACCGUCGUGCAGCAGAAGGAGACGCUGGGCGCCCAGCGAGAAGCCAUCCGAGAGCUCACCGGCAAGCUGGCCCGCUGUGAGGGGCUGGCGGGCGGCAAGGCGCGCGGCACGGGCAAGGACACCAUGGGCGACCUGCCACGGGACCCGGGCCACGUCGUGGAGCAGCUUAGCCGCUCGCUGCAGACCCUCAAGGACCGCUUGGAGAGCCUCGAGCUCCAGCUCCGCACAAAUGUGUCUAACGCCGGGCUGCCCAGCGACUUUCGAGAGGUGCUCCAGCGGAGGCUUGGGGAACUGGAGAGGCAGCUGCUACGAAAGGUGGCUGAGCUGGAAGAUGAGAAGUCUCUGCUCCACAACGAGACUUCAGCUCACCGGCAGAAGACAGAGAGCACACUAAACGCUCUGCUGCAGAGGGUGACUGAGCUGGAGCGAGGCAACAGUGCAUUCAAGUCACCAGAUGCAUUCAAAGUGUCCCUUCCUCUCCGCACAAACUACCUGUAUGGCAAGAUCAAGAAGACGUUGCCCGAGCUGUACGCCUUUACCAUCUGCCUGUGGCUUCGGUCCAGCGCCUCGCCAGGCAUCGGCACGCCAUUCUCCUACGCAGUGCCUGGGCAAGCCAAUGAGAUUGUGCUUAUAGAGUGGGGUAAUAAUCCCAUAGAGCUGCUCAUCAAUGACAAGGUCGCACAGCUGCCCCUGUUUGUUAGUGACGGCAAGUGGCACCACAUCUGUAUCACCUGGACCACUCGAGAUGGCAUGUGGGAAGCAUUCCAGGAUGGGGAGAAGCUGGGCACUGGGGAAAACCUGGCACCCUGGCAUCCCAUCAAGCCAGGGGGUGUCAUCAUCCUGGGGCAAGAGCAGGACACUGUGGGAGGCAGAUUUGAUGCCACACAGGCCUUUGUUGGAGAGCUUAGCCAGUUCAACAUAUGGGACCGUGUCCUCCGGGCGCAAGAAAUCAUCAACAUCGCCAACUGCUCCACGAACAUGCCUGGAAACAUCAUCCCAUGGGUGGACAACAAUGUCGAUGUGUUUGGAGGGGCUUCCAAGUGGCCUGUGGAGACGUGUGAAGAGCGUCUCCUGGAUUUGUAGCUACCUUCUCCCUGUCCCAGAGGCCAGGAUCGGGCUGUUCUAGGGAGUUCAAGGCAUCUAUUCCCCAGUUCAACUAAAAUCCCUGGCCUCAACAGAAAAGAGCCGGAGCCUCUGGCAGGUUGUGUGGCUGCCCUUGUCUUAGGCUCAUUUGUUCCUUACCAUUUUGUCGUUUUUUUGGGGGGUUAGGUCCAGAAUCCCUGGAAAAGUCCUGAGUCACUUCCUGCUGGGCUUUCUGGUAAAGUCUGUGAGCCUCUCCACCAGUCCCUGUAAAUGCUAAUGCCGCCCAGCCCUGCCUGUCAUUUUGGAUCCUUGGUGUCUCAUGUGUGCUUCCUGUCUGUCCCCUUUGAUGGCUGUGCGGUCAUCCUACCUGGGUGGCCUAGGUCCCUUGUGUGUGUAGCACAUCCCUGCUUUUGACUGAACACAGUGCACAGAAGCUACCCGCCCCUGAAACAGGGCCUCUCCCUCAUGUCAUGUGUACUCUGGUCUUUCCCUCUGAGGGAACUGCAGCUGGUGGAGGGCCAGCUGCCCAGACAAUCCCCAGCAUCCCCAAAGCAGCUCUCCCCACCCCCUGUGGAGAAGGUCCCUCACAGCCUCCCCACCCCAUCCAUCUCUCAGACCCAUGCUCCAAAGGAUCAUUGCUGGGUUGGCUUUGAAAAGCUGCUCUUCUCAUCUGGUGCCAAAAGUUCAUUUGCAGCUUCUACAACAUUCCGUGUGGUUUGGGGAUUUACUUUAUUCCCCACAAAAGAUGAACAGCCACUAGAAGCCUCCCCUCCUUUUGAUGCUCAGCCCACUGUGAAGAGUGAGCUUGUUUUGUAAGCCACAUUGGUUCCUGUGAGCAUCUGACCAUCCCCCAUCGAGUAUUUCCCCCGGAACUGGAGAUUCGGGUGUCAUUUGGCUGCUACUUGCUUAGUGACUCCAGACUGCAUCAUAUAUCAUAAUUUAUUUUAAAGAGAAAGUGAUUCGGUGGGGAAAUUUAUAAAGCUAUAAAUAUUAUAUAUUUUAUUUUUCAUACAUGUUUGAAGUGCGGAUCCAUAGAUGUUCCAUUUGUAGGACCAGCUUGACGUGCCCAUCCUGACAUUGUAUGCCACAAGAGCUCUUGUGAUGAUGGAAUUUUGAUUAAAGUACACCAGAAGAUGC